AUGUUCUUACACUAUAGUGAUCACCAGUUGUGUAUGGUAGCGAAUAAGAAAUGCAACUCUCAUGCUACUAAGUUACGUUCAGAUCUCCACUUUUAUUAUUCGCAACCAUACACAACUGGUAAUAGAUAUGAAACACCACUAGAGAAUACCACAGUGGACAACGCACCUCGUUUAUUCGCACCUUCUUCAACACAUAACAGUUCUGGAGAUAGUUUUAACUAUGAAGAUUUAUCGGCCAUGUUUGAUCACAGCUCCGCAGAUGGUUCCGGUACGAAGGGUCAAGAUCAGAUAUUAAAUGGCAACUCAGAGAAGAUAUUGUGUUAUAGAUGUGGUGAAGAUGGCGGUCAAACCUGUGAUAUCGACGAUUUAAAACUAAAACCCAGAAAUUAUUUAUUUGAAUGUCAGGGCCAUUGUAUUAAUAUUUCAUCACCUCAAUUUACAGUUUACACGUGCGUGGAUGAAGAACAUGGCGGAGAUAAAAACUGUAUUACGAAUGACGUCAUGACUAUGUGCGCGUGCGUAGCAGACUAUUGUAAUGGCCCCAAAGGUGUGAUUCCUAUAAAAGAGAAAAAACGAUUGGGACGGGGGCCGACAGGAGGAGCCACUAAAAAAGAUAUUCAAAUUAUUUUCGUAUUUUGUCAAACUAUUUUUGCUCUUUUGUUGAGUACAAGAUGA